CGAGGGGCGGCGCCUCAGUGCAGAGGGACUACAAGGGCUCCGCCGCGAGAGGAGGAGUGUGCGACCCACUGUCCGCCUCGCGAGUGACCGAGCUGGGGGAGGACUCGGGCUGGACCUCCGGUGGGACUCGGGCUCGCCCCGCCGGACUGAGGUGCAACAUGUUUUUGGCUCUUGGCAAGGGAGCAAAAUUUCUGAGGACAAUUUGUUCUUCAAAAAUCCUUGGAUUCUCUACUUCUGCUAAAAUGUCUAUGAAAUUCACAAAUGCAAAACGAAUUGAAGGACUUGAUAGUAAUGUGUGGAUUGAAUUUACAAAGUUAGCUGCAGACCCUUCUGUUGUGAAUCUUGGCCAAGGACUUCCAGAUAUAUCCCCUCCUUUAUAUGUAAAAGAAAAAUUAUCAAAGAUUGCAGCAGUUGAUAGCCUGAAUCAGUAUACACGGGGCUUUGGUCAUCCGUCACUCGUGAAAGCUCUGUCCUGCCUCUAUGAAAAGCUUUAUCAGCAUCAAAUUGAUGCAAAUAAAGAGAUCCUUGUGACGGUGGGAGCAUAUGGAUCUCUUUUUAGUGCCAUUCAAGGAUUAAUUGAUGAGGGAGAUGAAGUCAUAAUAAUAGUGCCUUUCUACGACUGCUAUGAGCCCAUGGUGAGAAUGGCUGGAGCAACACCUGUUUUUAUUCCCCUUAGAUCUAAACCUGUCGAUGGAAAAAGAUGGUCUAGUUCUGACUGGACAUUAGAUCCUCAAGAACUGGAAAGUAAAUUUAAUUCCAAAACCAAAGCUAUCAUACUAAAUACUCCACACAACCCCCUAGGCAAGGUUUAUACCAAAGAGGAACUGCAAGUAAUUGCUGACCUUUGCAUCAAAUAUAACACACUUUGCAUCAGUGAUGAGGUUUAUGAAUGGCUUGUAUAUUCUGGACAUAAGCAUUUUAAAAUAGCCACUUUUCCAGGAAUGUGGGAGAGAACAGUGACAAUAGGAAGUGCUGGGAAGACCUUCAGUGUCACUGGCUGGAAGCUUGGCUGGUCCAUUGGUCCUAAUCAUUUGAUAAGACAUUUACAGACAGUUCAACAGAACACCAUUUAUACUUGUGCCACUCCUUUGCAGGAAGCCUUGGCUCAAGCUUUUUGGAUUGACAUCAAGCGCAUGGAUGACCCAGAGUGUUACUUUAAUUCUUUGCCAAAAGAGUUAGAAGUAAAAAGAGAUCGGAUUGUUCAUUUACUUGAAAGUGUUGGCCUAAAACCCAUAGUUCCUGAUGGAGGAUAUUUCAUCAUUGCUGACGUGUCUUUGCUAGAAGCAGACCUCUCUGAUAUGACAGACAAUGAACAUUAUGACUAUAAAUUUGUGAAAUGGAUGACUAAAAAUAAGAAGCUAUCAGCCAUCCCUGUUACAGCAUUCUGUAACACAGAGACUAAAUUACAGUUUGAGAAAUUUGUGCGAUUUUGCUUCAUUAAAAAAGACAGCACACUGGAUGCUGCCGAAGAAAUCAUCAAAGCUUGGAAUGUGCCCAAGUGUUGAUACUGCAGAACGGGUCAGCAUUCUCAUUAGAUAACCUGGUAUGGAGUGUCUGCUUCGUGCUGCCACCUGCUGGAUGUUGAAAAACAAAUAUUUCAGUACAAAUGGCAUUUAAAUAAAUAUUUCCAUCAUUUUUCUAAACAAGUUAGCCCUACUCCUAAAAAUAUUCAGGUGUUCUACGGGGUUUUUUUUUUUCAGUUUAAAUGUAUUAAAACACUUGCCACUAUCAUUUUGUGAAGAUCAGCCUACUAGAGUGGAUGGGAACUGUGAGAUGCUUAACCUCUCUGUGCUUCAGUUCUCUCAGCAUAAAACAGGAAAAAAUAGCACCUGCUUCAUCUAAAGAUUGUGAGGAUUAACGCGACCAGUGUAUAUAAAGCCUGGCAAGCAAUACCCACUCACCUGAUGUUAGCCAGU